AUGGCAGCUAUCUCCGUACAAAUUUUGGAGAGCGGGCUGCCCAUCAACAGUACAUCUCCAUCUCCACGUCCACGUCCACGUCCACGUCCACGUCCACCUCCAUACCCCAUGGCCGACAAGAAAAAAGACCCCAGAGCCUGGGAUGCUCUGACCCCCCCGUUGGCAGAAUGGAUCAUCGAUGCAAUCAAUGCCAUGGGCUUUGCCCGGAUGACGCCCGUUCAAGCUUCGACCAUCCCCCUCUUCAUGGGCAACAAAGACGUUGUAGUAGAGGCUGUAACUGGGAGUGGAAAGACUCUAGCCUUCCUCAUCCCAGUAGUUGAAAAGCUGUUGCGGCUCGAGGAGCCCAUCAAGAAGCAUCACGUAGGCGCAAUCAUCGUGUCACCGACGCGAGAACUCGCGACACAAAUCCAUUCCGUCCUUUUGACCCUGCUGGGCUUUCACCAACAUUCCGCCGAGGCCAUGAAGCCAUUGGAAGAAGGAGAGAAGCGGAAGCUGUCAACGACAAACUGUGUUGUACCCCAAUUGCUUCUUGGUGGAACGACUACACCUGCGCAAGAUCUUAGCAGGUUCCUUAGGAAUAGCCCGAAUCUGCUUAUAUCUACUCCUGGACGGCUACUGGAAUUGCUAUCUUCUCCGCAUGUACAUUGUCCGCAGUCUUCCUUCGAGGUGUUGGUACUGGAUGAAGCAGACCGACUGCUGGAUUUGGGAUUCAAGGAUGAUCUACAAAAGAUUCUCGGUCGACUGCCCAAGCAGAGGAGGACCGGCCUGUUCAGUGCCAGCGUCAGCGAGGCCGUUGGAGAAAUCGUCCGGGUCGGCCUCCGGAACCCAGUAAAAAUUGCCGUCAAGGUCAAGAGCGCAUCAGGAGACGACAAGCGAACCCCAGCAAGUCUGCAGAUGUCAUACCUCCUAACACCGCCAACUCACAAGUUUCCGGCCCUGCUUUCCCUCAUAUCCCAACUAGAUCCCACGCCUCAGAAGAGCAUCGUCUACCUCUCAACCUGCGCAGCCGUCGACUACUUCCAGCAUAUCCUCUCCGCGCUCCUCCCAUCACAAUUUUCACUCAUCCCGCUACACGGCAAACAAACCCCUGGCGUCCGCCAGCGUAACUUUUCGAAAUACAUUAGUACCGUUACGCCCUGUAUCCUGCUCACCACUGACGUCGCAGCCCGCGGGCUCGACAUUCCGCAAGUGGACUUGGUCAUCCAAAUCGACCCCCCCUCCGACCCAAAGGUCUUCCUGCACCGCUGCGGCCGCGCUGGCCGAGCAGGCCGAAAGGGACUCAGUGUUAUCUUCUUGCAGCCAGGCCGCGAAGAAGACUACAUUCCCUUUCUCGAGGUUCGAAAAACGCCCAUUAUGCCCCUCCGAAGACCAGAGAUCGCCAUCACGGACGAAGCUGCUGUACUGGUGACCUCGAGGAUACGUAGUGAAGUGCUCGCCGACCGAGCUUUAUACGACAAGGGCCAAAGAGCGUUCGUCAGCUGGGUAAAAGCGUACUCCAAGCACCAAGCCAACAGCAUUUUCCGCGUCGCAGACCUAGAAUGGACAGCGCUCGGUAACGCAUGGGGUCUCGUGCGCCUCCCCAAGAUGCCGGAACUUAAAAAGUGGGACGGCGACAAAACACUAGGUGUGAAACUUAAUCUCUCAGAGUACGAAUACAAAGACAAGGUGCGCGAGAAGGCGCGGAGGGCAGCCAUGGCGGAGGCGAAGAACGAGGCGCCGUUCGUGCCGAGCGAAGAGAUGCUGCGCAAACGGAAAGAGAGGGAGGCGUGGAGCCAUAAGCAUGAGAUGCGGGAUGUUAAGGAAGAGAGAAGGGAGAAGAAGCGGAGGAAGAGGGAGAAGGAGAGGCUGGAGGGGAUGACGGUGGAGGAGAGGGCAAGGGAGGAGGAGUUGCAGGCGCUGAUCAGACAGGUGAGGGAGAAGAACCUGGAGGAGGCUGAGAGGGCGAAGGCGAGGGAAAAGGAGGAAGACGGGGGUGAGUUUGAGGGGUUUGACUAG